AUGGGGUACUACUUGGCCAAUGACAUAUACCCAAGGUGGUCCGUUUUUGUGAAGAUGUCCAGCUGCCCAGUGGGUGACAGGAACGUGUUAUUUGUGGCAAAGCAGAAGGGUGCGCGGAAGGAUAUGGAGCGGGCUUUUGGUGUGCUACAAUCGCAGUGGGAAAUAGUGAAAGGUCCGACGCGUUUCUGGUUCAAGGAAGUCAUCGCCGAUGUCAUGUAUGCGUGCAUCAUCUUGCAUAACAUGAUAGUCAAACAAGAAGGUGGAAGUGUGACUGAUUGGGGCGAUGAUGAAGGUGGAUCUAGCUCCAGCACGGCAACCCCACCUCACGUUCGAGGAUUACCGAUGGGCUUCAAUGAGGUUCUAUCUAGACAGACCUCAAUGCGCAGCCAAUAA